AUGGCCUCCUCAUCCUCCUCGAUGCAGGCCGAGGCCUUCCCCGACGGGACCACAGACUUCGUGCCCUUGCGGUCUCAGAAGUAUGACCUGCGCAAGCCUCACAUCACAGAGUUGCCCAUCACAUGGCAGAACUGGUACAAGCACGUUGACUGGCUGAACUCGGUGUUCAUUCUGUUCAUUCCCAUGGCUGGCCUGGUUGCUAGUUACUGGGUGCCCCUGACCCUCCCGACUUUGAUUUUCUCCGUCAUCUACUAUUUCAAUACCGGGCUCGGUAUCACAGCAGGCUACCACCGUCUUUGGGCACAUACCUGCUACAGGGCUACUCUGCCCCUCAAAAUCUACCUUGCGGCUGUUGGUGCCGGUGCUGUUGAGGGUUCUAUCCGCUGGUGGUCCCGUGGACACCGUGCUCACCACCGAUACACCGACACUGACAAGGAUCCCUACUCCGUCCGCAAAGGCCUCCUGUACUCCCACAUCGGCUGGAUGGUCAUGAAGCAGAACCCCAAGCGAGUUGGCCGCACUGAUAUCACCGAUCUCAAUGAUGACUCCGUUGUCGUCUGGCAGCACAAGCACUACAUCAAGACCGUCUUGACGAUGGCCCUGAUCUUCCCCACUGUUGUCUGCGGACUGCUCUGGAAUGACUGGAUGGGUGGUUUCAUCUACGGUGGAAUCCUCCGUAUCUUCUUCGUCCAGCAGGCUACCUUCUGCGUCAACUCUCUGGCCCACUGGCUCGGAGACCAGCCUUUCGACGACCGCAACAGCCCGCGUGACCACGUCAUCACUGCUCUCGUCACUCUGGGAGAAGGCUACCACAACUUCCACCACGAGUUUCCCUCCGACUAUCGAAAUGGUAUCGAGUGGUGGCAGUAUGAUCCUACCAAGUGGUGCAUCUGGACCUGGAAGCAACUUGGCCUCGCCUAUGACCUCAAGCAGUUCCGACAAAACGAGAUUGAGAAGGGCCGCGUCCAACAGCUGCAGAAGAAGCUCGACCAGAAGCGUGCUAAGCUGGACUGGGGUAUUCCCCUGGAGCAGCUUCCCGUUGUUGGCUGGGAUGACUUCGUUGAGCAGGCCAAGGGCGGCAAGGCUCUCAUUGCCGUUGCUGGUGUCAUUCACGAUGUGACCGACUUCAUCAAGGACCAUCCCGGUGGCAAGGCCCUGAUCACCUCCGCCAUUGGCAAGGACGCCACUGCCAUCUUCAACGGUGGUGUCUACAACCACUCCAACGCCGCCCACAACUUGCUAAGCACGAUGCGUGUUGGCGUCCUCCGUGGUGGAUGCGAGGUUGAGAUCUGGAAGCGCGCCCAGUUCGAGAAUAAGGAUGUCUCCUACGUCAAUGACUCGACUGGCCAGCGCAUCGUCCGCGCCGGCUCGCAGGUUACCAGGAUCUCGCAACCGGUUGCGAGCGCGGACGCUGCUUAA